CAUCGGCGACUGUCUAUUUUACUCCGUUGUUUUCUGUCGUCUAAUGAAAUCGUAUUCUGAAAAUAAUUACAGUCCUUAAUUUUAAAAGGAAAUUAUGUAAAUAUUAUUCGAGUGCAAAUACAACAUUUAGUGCAUGUUUGGACCCAUUUCGGUAUGAGUGGGGUGGCCACAUCGAAAAUGUUCCUGAAACUAAACUCAAGAACUUCAAGAACGUUGAGGAAACAAUAGGGGAUAAGUUCCUAUACUAGGUCUCUUAGCACAUCGUAAUAGAUGCUAGUUUCGUUUAACAAUGGAUACGCUUCACGUUACCCACGCUCACAGUAAAGGGUCCAGCCGGAGCCAGUCGCCUUCCGCCGCGGACCUCGCCGUGGUUACCGAUGACGCGGUCAUCAGGUCAAGGGUACAAUCUCCAUCUACCGUACAUCAUGUUGUUAGUGAGCCGUCUUCAAGUUCAUCAUCUCGUCACGGCGAUAGAACGCAUCACGCCAAGUCUCAUUCACGAGAUCUCGGUAACAGUCCUCUUACCGCCAACGCCACGGGAAAUACAUCCAGAGACUUAGAAGAUUCGCCGCAGAAGAAGAUUCUGUCAGGUCUGAUGGCUCCAGGCGACUAUGCCAGUAACGUAUACAGCCCCAACGUAUCGUACGCUCUCUCUUCGGACGAAUACGGCUCGCCGGCGUACAGGAGUCAAGAUGGUGAUUACUCGACUCAAGAUGAAGCAGAUGGUACCAACGCUACAUCGACUAAAGCGCAAGCGGCCAUCGCUCAUCUGAACAACAAGAUUGAACGUACUAAAGAACUGAUACGGCUCGAGCAGACCAUCAGAGACGACAACGUGAACGAAUACUUGAAGCUGGCGGCGAACGCGGACAAGCAGCAGCUCCAGCGGAUCAAGGCGGUGUUCGAGAAGAAAAACCAGAAGAGCGCCCUCUGCAUCGCGCAACUGCAGAAGAAACUCGAGGGCUACAACAAGAGGAUCAAGAACUGGGAGCAACAUGGCUCCAGCGGACAAGCUCACAGACAACCUCGAGAAGUUCUGCGAGACAUGGGACAAGGUUUAAAAAACGUGGGAGGGAACAUCCGCGACGGCAUCACUGGUCUCGGCGGCAGCGUCAUGGCCGCCCCGCGAGAGUUCGCUCAUCUCUUCUCGAGGUCCAACCGGUUCGGGUCCGCUGACAACAUCGCUCAAUUAGCCGAGAACACGGGUGCUUCGAACGCGUCGUCUGAAGGUUCGAGGGCUUCGGAAGUAGGCGAGGCGGCUGCCCCCCGAGGGUCGACGUUGCCGCGAGCCGCUACGUCACCGGCGCCCAAGUACUCGCCCGACGCCUCGCCCAGCUCAUCCGUCACCAGCGAGGGAGCGCCGUACCCGACGCAGACGGGUGCGAACAAUAUGACCGACUCUGCGUUCACACUCAAACCGAUCCUGAACGAACUACGCGAGCGGAGGGAGGAUUAUGAGCGGUUAGCUGAAAAACUAGAGGCGCUGAAGGUGAGCCUGUCCCAAGAAGUAUCGUUCCUGUCGGCCGCGUUGCAAGAGGAACGAUUCAAAACCGAACGCUUGGAGGAGCAAAUCAAUGAUCUCACUGAACUACACCAGAAUGAGGUGGAGAACUUGAAACAGGCCCUCACAGACGUGGAGGAGAAAGUACAGUACCAGAGCGAAGAACGAAUACGAGAUAUACACGAGGCGCUGGACCUCUGUCAGACUAAGAUCAGCAAGCUGGAGCAGUGGGCGGCGAGCGGGGGCGGCGGCACGGGCGGCGGCGGGGCGGGCGGCGAGGCGGGGGGCGCGGGCAGCCUGCCGCCGCGCGUCGUGCUCGUCAAGCUGCUCAACGUCGCGCUCACCCUGCUGCAGCUCGCCUUGCUGCUCGUCGCCACUGUGGCAGGAGUCGCCAUGCCCUUCUUGCGGACCAGAGUACGUGUGCUAACGACGUGUCUUGCGGUACUAGUCGGUAUAGUAGUGCUGAAGCAAUGGCCCGAAGUGUCUCAAGUGUCUGAACAUUUGGCGAAAAGACUCAAACAUUACUUGUUGGACGCUCCCGCGGACAGGUUAAACGGUGUGCGUCCGUGUUCUUCAAAUAUAACAAUUAACUGUUGGAAUCUAACUAAUAAUAAUGCUUAGGUAAAUAAAUAUCUCAAGGUUAUGAUUUUGAUGAGCAUUUACUAAAAAACAUUAGGUUUUUAUAAAAUUUAAUAUUUUAUGUUUUUCAACUAACAUUCAAAUAUAUUGUCGUAAUAAAAAUAUGUACAAAAAUAAAAAAUAUUAUUAUUAAUAUUACAAUGUACUUAAAUGGAAAUUAUGCAAAUACCUACAUUUACUGUUUGAUAAUGAUUAGAAGUACAAUUUUAUCUGUAAAGGUAUUAAUUAAUCUGUCAAUUGUGAAAAAGGUUUGCAAACAUUUGCUAACUAUGAAAACGAACUUUUUUCAUAAAACGUAUUUGCCGUUCCAUUAAAGUAUUUUUUUAUAUAAUUCAUGAAUAAUGAAACAUGAUAUUUAAACUAACAAAAAAAUAUAUUUCUAUUCGGAAAUAUAAUUUUGGUUUUUCUAUUCCAAUCAAAUGUUGAUAUAGAAGGAUUUUCUCUCUCUCUCUCUCUCUCUUUCGGUAGCUCUUUAGAGUAUUAAAUAGUAUCAAGUCGUUUAAAAGUAUGUAUUUCCGAAUAUCAAUAUUGUUUUGAGAACUAAAAAUAACUAACAUUUAUUGGGACUAUUUUCAAUACUAACGUCUGAAAUUAGUUUUAACGUAAAAAAUAACGUUACAUGAAAUAAAUUUGGUGUAUUGUAAUGUAUUUAUUUGUAUAUUAUAUUGGAAUAUAGGCUAUAAAUUGUGUAGAGAGUUUAGCACUAUUUUAUUAUGUGUUAUUUGUGCUUUAGAUGGAUAAUAGUGGGGAAAUAAUUAGAUAUUAAAAUGUAUAUCCGUUUGGAUUAUAACUUUCAAUUUCAAUAUAACUUGGAAAUGAUUCAUACAAGCAUCAAAACGUAACACUGAUUUUUAUUACAUUUAAAAGAAACUUUAUUAACAUUAAUUGUUGGUAUGUUUUAGCUUUUUAGUGAAAGUAAAAAAAUGUAGUAUUUUAUAAUAAUACUUGUGGUAUUUGCAAAAAAAAUUGUUUGAGUUUACAAGAAUAUUAGAUAAAUCAGCGUGUCCAUAUACCCGAUUGAAAGUUUUAAUCUAAACACAAGUUUAUAAUUAAAUAGGGAUAUGAAUCCGGUAUGUUUUUACAUUCUUAUAAAAUUACUGUCAAAUGUUUAAUUCAAACAUAUAUUAUUAAACAACAUCAAUAACAACUAUAUUAAAAUAUAUAAUCACUAAAUUUUUAUUAUAUUUAUUUAAUUAAAAAAA